CUAUUUCUUCUCCAUCCCCCGCGUGUCAAUUUUACAAUGCAUGAGAAGCUUAUUCGCCUCUCUAUCGUUCAUUCCUAGUCUUCUAUUGCUGGUCAUCUUCAGACACAUCCGACACAAUGGCAGUUCUAGCAUCCCCAAAGAAAUCACCAGAGAAGUCCCCGGCAAAGUCACCGGCAAAGUCGCCUACGAAGUCUCCCACAAAGACUGCUUCCCCAGCGAAGUCGCCUCUUAAGAAAGCGCCAGCAAAGCCGAAAGCUGCUCCACCUCCUACCAGAGUACUGAGGUCUUCAGUCGAGCCUAGCGCAGUACCUCGCAAGUCGAAAGCCGCUCCCAAUGCCAAAGCCGCCCCAAAGCCCAAGGGCGUCACCAAAGCAAACGCUCCAGCAAAGCCAAAAGCUGCUCCAAAAGCUAAGAUCGCAGCGACUAAAGUCAAAGUCCCUGCAAAACCCAAAGCUGCUCCCAAGGCGAAGGCUAAAGCCGCUGCGCCGAAGAAGUCGGGGAAAGGGGCGAUUGCUGUUAAGGAGGCAGCUACUAUUACGCCGAGAGGACGGCCGGUGGGUGUUGUGAAGAAGAAAGGCGGAGCCUAGGGAGAACGUGUCGCCGAAGAAAGCGUCACCUAAGAAAGCUGCUUGAAGUGUGAUUGGUUAUGAGAAAUCGGGAGCUUUGUGUUCGAAUCGAGGAGAUUGGGGUUCCUGGUGUUUAUGAGGAGUCACGGAGUUGAGGGUAAAUGUUUUGGGUUGAAAUUGAACCGGAACGUGAUGGUCCUUAAGGAUCUCGUCCCACGAUUUCUGUUUUUUCAAUGUGGCAUCCGGAGUAUGGAGGAAGUG